AUGUUUUUAUAAUAUAUUACCAUUACCAUCAGAAGAAUUUUAAAAGUUAAAAAUAUUAUAAACUUGGAUGAGUUUUUACUCGAUGUAGCUAUUACAGAAGUAAGUGACUUAUAAUUUACUGAACAUGACUAUUAAAAUAAUUUAACAAAAUAAAAAGGAAAUUUAGAUUAUCUUGGAUUAAUAUAAUCUUUAGUAGAAUAAAUGAUUGACUUGGAAAGAAUAAAUUUACAAUCAAUUGAAAAGGAAUUUGGAGAACUGCUAAUAGAAGAAACCGAUCCUUUAAGUCUUACUGAAAGAAUUAUGAAAAAUCUAUACUAUUAUUCAAUAGAAUUUUCAUUAAAAAUUAUCAAUAAUGAAAAUCAAUAUCAAAAUUAUUUGAAUAUUGAGAAAGAAAAUUAUGUGUUGUUAUUGAAAUAAUUAAGAAAAGUUAACUGCUAAGAAAAUUGUCAAGUGGUAGAAUAACUAUUCAGUAAGAUUUAUCAAUUAUUAUAUUAUUAUUAAUAAAAUCAAAUAAGAUAAGCACAAGUUGGCCUAAUUUCUUGA